AUGCGUCCCAGAUCCGUCGUAUUCGCCCUGACAGCCGCCGUCCCCUGCCGAGCCGUCGGCCUCACAGGCAUCGACACCUUCCCCGAGAACCCCCUCUGCGCCCAAGCCUGCUACAACUCCCUCGCGACCUACCGACUCGACUGCUCCAUCGUCCACGAAGACGACUCCAGAGGCCACCAUCACGCCCACGUCAUGACCUCGCCCGAAUGCCGCGCCGGCAACGAGCACUUCCUCCGCUCCCUCGCCUGGUGCAUCAGCACCAAGUGCGCCGAUGCAGGACUAUCCACCCCCGAGAUCGAGGAGUUUUGGUUCCGCGUGAGCACAGACGACCCGGCGGUGCCGCCCCAAUGGAGCUAUACCGAGGCGCUGCGGACUGUUGAGGAGCCCCCCGUGCGCGAGCUCGGCCAUGGGGAUACCAUCAACGCAACGGUGCGCACCCCUGAGUUUUGGUCCGUUCUGUACGGCACGCAGACCACUCUCUACCAUGAAACCAGGAACGGGUCCAUCUUUGGACUCGUAAUCCUUCUCACCGGCUUCGGUAUACCCAUCCUGCUUAGCUGGCUGGGGCGCUUCCCCUAUAUUGGCACCCUCUACGACAGAAUCAACCCCUACCUCGUCUAUCCGAGCCUCAUCGGCACCUACCAAGUCCGCCCCCUACCGUACCAGCUAGGCAACGCCCCGACCAUCGGCCAGGGCCUCUACAUAGGCCUCAUGGUCGUCGUAAACGUCAUCGUCAGCGCCGUCGACUACCGCACCACGCCGGCCCACCUAUGGUUCCAGAGCACCUCCCAGCAGGUCGCCGGCUACCUCAUGUACCGCACGGGCGUGCUAUCAUUCUCCAUGGCCCCGCUGCUCAUCCUCUUCGCCGGCCGAAACAACAUCCUGCAGUGGCUCACCGACUGGCCGCACUCGACCUUCCUGCUACUGCACCGCUGGAUCGCCCGCCUCUUCGUGCUGCAGGCGCUGCUGCACACCAUCCUCGCCGUCGCCGUCUACGCCGAGAUGGGCAUCUACGAGGCCGAGUCGGUCCUCGACUACUGGGUCUGGGGCGUCGUCGCCACCGUCCUGGCCUGUCUGAUGUGCGUCGCCUCCGUCGGCUACUUUCGUCGUCUCUCGUACGAGAUCUUCCUCGUCGGCCACGUCGUCAUGGCCGUCUUCGUCAUCGUCGGGUGCUGGUACCACGUCAUCUACCGCUUCGACAUCUCCGCCGGCUACACCACGUGGCUCUACGCCGCCUGCGCCGUGUGGUUCUUCGACCGCCUCGUCCGCGUCGGCCGGAUCCUCAAGACCGGCGUCCGCUAUGCAGAGGUCACCGACGUCGGAGAUCACCACGUUCGCGUGGACAUCGAGGGCAUCCGGUGGGGCGCUGCGCCGGGAAAGCACGCUUACGUCUACUUCCCGGGCCUCAACCCGCUGCGGCCAUGGGAAAACCACCCCUUCUCCGUGCUGCCCACGUCGCUGUUCCGACCCCCGACACAGCAGUGUGGCGCGGGCGCCGCCGACGCCACUGCAGCGAGCAGCACAAGGGCCGACUCGGAGCAGAAUGACGUGGAAAAGAGCCAGGCAAGCCCGGCGGUAACAGUCUUGGGUACAUGUAGCAAGGGACCGCCUGCCCACAGAACCACGGCCGGCGUGACUUUCUUCGUGCGCAAAUCCGAAGGAAUGACCAAGUCCCUCCGGACGACCCAUGGCAGACUCCUCGCCUUGCUUGACGGGCCUUACCCCAACAACUCGGUCCAGGCCGUUCUAAAGUGCGAUCGCGUUCUCCUGAUUACCGGCGGUAUUGGCAUCACGGGCGUCUUGCCCUGGGUCCAGGCGCAUUCCAACGCGAGGCUCUGUUGGUCCAUCAAGGAGAGGGACGGGUGCCUUGUCGAUGCCUUGGACGGAGUGUUGCAAGGUGUUGCCGAAAAGGACGUCAAGAGGGGCCAGAGGAUCGAUGUCGAGGCUAUCCUGAAUCAGGAGGUUGAGGCGGGGUGGACCAGAAUCGGGGUGGUUGCCUGCGGGCCGGGCGGCCUGUGCGACCAUGUGAGAGCGGCUGUUGCAGCGGCCGGAAGAAAACACAGCACGGUGUUUGAACUAGAAGUCCACGCCUACUCUUGGUAA